AUGCAAAAGAAGAUAUCCUCAAGUGCUCCAGAACCGAGCCAUGCGAAAGCUGUUCCAAAGCAAGUAAAGUAUUAUGUGUCUGAGCUAGAAGAGCGCAUCGCGUAUCUUGAGGGGUUGGUCAUUGAGAUACGCGAUACCGUCCCGGAAGCGCGGAGCAUCUUGUCGGAGACAUCUGGGUUUAGCGAAAUGACUGCUCCUCCAAAGAUUCAGAGUGAGUCUUCGCCUGCGGUCAUCAGUCCGCAACCUGAUAAUCUGGAACCGAACCCGGAGGGAUCACUCAUCUACCACGGUUCCACGAGUAUCAUGCAUGGAAAGCUUCGUCAGCCAGAGAAGGUGGCUACGCAUCCGGACAACUCGACCCUUGGUGCAAAGACCAGUUCGAACUUUGAACAAGUUGCGCAGCAUUUCGGCAUCUCCCUGGAUAACGACCUUGUUACGAUGGCACUAAUGCACUUCUUCAAAUGGCAAUAUCCGCAGUUCAUGUUUAUUUACCGUGAGGCAUUUCUACGGGACCACUUUGGUGACCGACAGAGUUGCAAAUACUGGUCCUCUGGGCUGGUUCUCUCCAUAUGUGCCCUGGGCCUGUUAAUGUCGCCUGACGAGGUACAGCGACGAGCAAGUGAGCAAUUUUUCAGCGCUGCUGAAACGACACUUAUAGUAUAUGGCUUCGCUCGGCCGUCAAUCGCCACAGUUCAAGCUUUUCUAUGUCUUGCGUUUUACGAAAUAGGGAGAGGGAAUGUGUCCAAAGGCUGGGGUUUCUCAGUAGGUAUCGCCUUUCGAAUGGCGCAAGACCUCGGCUUCCAGAGAGAUCCCAAGAACUGGGUCUCAUGCGAUACGUCAUUGGCGACCCCAGAAGAUAUAGAGAUCCGAAGAAGAAUUGUCUGGGGUUGCUAUACCUCUGACAAGCUGAUUAGUCUGACUCUCGGCCGACCAGUCUACUUCUCACAUCACGAUAUAGAAGUUGAGAAAUUGGAGCGACUACCGUGA